AUGUUUUCAGGUACAGUACGAUAUGGUAGCAUGAGUAAUGGCUCUAAAGCAUUUAAUAAUACCCCUGUUAAUGGAAAUGGUCCUAGUGGCGCUUUAAGCAGCUCUGGGAAACCCGGCACCAAUGGAACGUCAUCUUCUGUGUCUUCAAUAACUCUUGUAGAUAUUGAUGAAGAUGAUGUGCGUGUUUUAGAAGCAACUCUUUCUAAGGUUGGCUCGCUGGCGGACCAAAUUACUUCAUCGCUACAUAAGCUUGGUCUCAGUGCUUCAGCAGCCGAGCGUGCUAUCAAACCAAUUGCAGGAAAAGCCCAAAUGCUUAAUAUUUAUGAACAAAAUUUGAUGUCUAGUUUGGAAGUGGUUGAUGGAAUCAAAGACUACGCAAAGCUUACCGAAGAGUGUGGUGUCCUUAUAAAUGCAGGUGCUCUAGAAGAGCUUAAAUCAUCACGGUUAAACACAUUUUUUAAAGUCAUUGACAAGGCAGAAACACUUCGACGAAAGGGAAUUACCUCAGUUAAGGAAAACUUUCGACAUGAACUGGCUCAAUUUUUUAAUCCUAUAAAUGCAUCAGAUUACAUGGAUAGCCAGCAACUUUUUCCUAUUCUUCCUAAGAAAACAGUCACUAAAUUAAAGCAAAUGUAUGCGUUUUUCGAAAUCCAUCAUUGCGAUGGUAUUGAUGAAAUUUAUUAUGAAAUUUCAUCACGUUAUAUUCUUGCAUCUCUGGCACCAAUUGCAUCGAAAAUUCCUAAAGGUGGUAGCACAGCAUCACAGGAUUUGACAAACGGGGCCGGUCAAAAUGGAACUGGCGCUAUCACAAUGUACAUGGACGCGUUAGGCCGCUUUUUUGUUGCUGAAGUGACAAAUGCUCAACAACUUUUCGAUCAUGAUGAUAAUAUGACGGCCAAAUACUUUGACGAAAUUUCAAAUUUGUCGAUAUCAGAAUUAUUUACAAUCACAAACCAACUUAUAUCGGACUACUUGACCAAGAGACCGUUAGCUAAAGAGGCUCCAAUUGCGUUUGAGCUUCUCGAAGCAAUCACGAAGUUGCUUGGAAUUUUUAGUCAGUUUAGUCAGCGGCCUGUCCCUGCACGUUUAACACAAGCACUUCAUACAUCACAGACAGCAGUUCAAAAUGUUUUUGCUGACAUGAUUAAAUAUAUUGAAACAAGAGUUGAGACAGCUCAAACUAAUGUUAUUAUGGAGAACGGUGUGUCGGAUGCUACAGUGGAUGUGAUGAAAAGGCUUAGUCGAUUGUCACAGUAUCGAUCGACGGCACUAGUUGGUAUUAGCUCUAUGGCUCCUGGUUCCUGGUUAAGCACACCAAAACCCAAGUGGGCGUCCUUGAUACCCUCUACCAAUAGUGGCAAUCAUCUUGUACAAGAACGAGCAGCUGGAAACUCCGUAGAACUUCUUGCAGUGUAUUUUGGUGAUUGUAUUGAUGCGUUGAUGCUCUCUUUAGAAAUCAAGGCCAAGAUAUUACAAAAAAAGACUAUGCAAGUUGGGUUCUUUGUUUUAAGUAACUUGGAAGUUGUUGAACACUAUGUUACGUCAUCAGAUAUUUACAAGAUUUUAGGCAACACUGGUGCUGAGAGACUGGAAAAACUACGAAAACGCGAAGUGGAUAUGUUUUUGGAUGGGUGGAAGAGUGUUGCCUCAUUGUUGAUGGAUAGUACAUCAAUUUCAGGCAAGGGAACAUUGAGCGGCAAGGAUCGUGAACUUAUUAAGGAAAAGUUCAGAACUUUCAAUACAGAGUUUGAAAACCUGAUCAAGACUCACAAGGCAUACAAUAUUACCAAUCAGUCACUGCGAGCACAAUUGGCUAAAGAAGUACGGUUUAUAUCACCCUUAUAUCACAGAUUUUACGAUAAACAUUCUGGCGGUGACUUUUCAAAGCAUGUGGAUAAAUAUAUCAAAUUUAACAAGCAAGAAUUUGACCGCAUGCUAGAGUCUCUUGAGUAA